CAACAAAGUUAAAAUUUCAAAUCCACAAAGGUAACCUAACCUAAAAUGGGUAGUUUUUCUAAAACCCUAAAUUCUUUUUUAAAGAAAAAAUCUAUAAAAUACGGUUUGCCGUUUCUUUUAGUGGUUCUAGGAGGUUCUUUCGGUUUGAAGGAAUUUGCCCAGUUACGUUAUCAAUUCUCGAAGGUGUCAGUUGUGAGGCCCGAGGAAAUGAAGAAGUAUGGUAUCGAAAUGAAAAAACCUGGCGAAGUAACUAUAGACACUGAGUUUGAGAAAGUUAAGAAGCUCGAUAUAGAUAACUGGGAGCAAGUCAGGGGUCCCAGACCCUGGGAAGAGAAUAUUAAUUAGACUUUGUAGUGUAAGUUGUGAAAGUAGUACAGAACUGUGAUAUUUGUAAUUCUUACGAAAAUAAACACGUUUAUUUUAAA